AUGCAGGUUUCUGAAUACGCAAUGUCUUCAAAAAUUCCCAGAGGUGUUAUUUUACCUACCGAAACCAAAAAAAAUGGACAUAAACUUCAAUUCAAAGCAGCAGCUGGGUCCAUAGUGGCGCAUAAUGCUGCCCACAAAUCAGAUGGUAACCUAAAAGCCCAAAAAGAAAAUGUUCCAAGGAAAAACUUUGCUCCUAAGGUUCAUAAAGGGGUUUCUACUAGGUAUGGGCAGCCAGCAGAGCUGAAGGAGAAUCAGCAUCCUACGGCUGCCAAUGAGGAACUGCAGAAAAACCUUUCAGAAACGCAGCAAAGAGUUACUGAGUUGGAGCUGCAGUUAAGUGAGCUUGAAAAGGAGAAUGCAGAGGUCCAUAAAAACCUACAGGACUGUCACAUUGUCUUAGUUUCUGCUAAAAUAGACCCAGUUUUAGGAGAAAGAGUGGGGGAUGCUGCACGGCAGAAUGAAGAACAAAGGAAAGAAGUUAUGAGUGUUUCUACAGAGCUGCUGAGGGAGUUGAAAGCUUUUGGAGAUGUUGCAUCACAGCAGCGCUCUCAGCUGGAGGAAAUCCAAACGACAAUGGUGGACCUCACAAAAGCCCGGGACCUUAUGAAGCAGGAGCGGGAGAACUUUUCACAGCAGGUGGCCGAAAUGGAACAAGCUCUAACAGAAGCCGAGGAGCUCUUACUGUAA